AUGGGAGAUCUUGAUAUUGAUAAAUAUCUUGCGACUGAAGCUACUCAACUUCAAAAAGAUCAAGAAGUUGAACGUAUUCUUUCCUCUUUCAAAUUAAAUCCUUUUGAUAUUCUUGAUCUUUCACCUAAUUGUACUGAGAAAGAUAUAAAAAAUGCGUAUCGAAGGAAGUCCCUACUUAUUCAUCCCGAUAAAACCAAACAUCCCAAAGCAGAAGAAGCGUUUUCAUUAUUAAAAAAGGCAGAAACAGAAUUGUCUAAUGAAAAAACGCGACAAUUUUUUUUGGCAAUAAUUGAAGAAGCAAAAAUAACUUUAAUUAAUGAUCAAAAAUUAAAACCCAAUAAUCCAAUUAUUGAUACUCCCGAAUUUGACUUACAAAUUAAACAAAAAACCAAAGAUAUAUUAAUAGAACAAGAAUUACGUCGACGUAAAUUAUUAAAACGAGAAUUAGAAGCUCAAGAAACGAGAGAACAAAGGGUUAAUAAAUGGAGAGAUUUUCAAACAAAAAAGAAUAAUGUAGGAACUGUUUCAAAAAAGAAAAAGAAAGUGAGAACUGAAUUCAAACCACCAAAAUUUUAUAAGAUGCCUCGUCAUAGUAAAAAUAAUACUGCACUUUCAUUCUUUACAUAUGCAGAAGGAAAAGCCUUAGAAUAUGGAACAAAAAAGCAAAGAUUGGGUCGAGAGUCUAUGCGAGAAUAUGAUGCCUGUUAUUUAUGCCUUCAGAGAGCUCGCGAUCCAGUCUGUUGUAGUCACGGGCAUUUAUAUUGUAGGGAAUGUAUAUUGGAAAACAUUUUAGCUCAGAAAAAAGAAAUCAAACGUCAACAACUUUUACUUGAAGCAAGGGAAAAGGAUGAAGCGGAAGAAACUAAACGUAAAGAAGAAUUGGCAAGGGAGGCAGUAAUUCAAAAAUUUGAACGUCAACAAGUUCGAAUUACUCCGGCUGAAUCAAAUAGUCAUAAAGUUAAUAAGGGUAAUGAUAAAAAUUCAAAUAAUUCAAAAGAAACGAUAGAAACCGGCACCCAGUCUCCUGAAUUAAAAUCAAAUGGAAAAUUUAUCGAGGGCAUAGGAACUUCUCAAGAAAUUGCAGUAAUAGCUGAACGCGAUAAAAUGGCAGCAUUAGAGAUUUUAGAGGGAGAGAGGCUGCAAGCAUCAAAACCAAAAUUACCGAAUUUCUGGCUGCCAACGCUUACGCCUUCCGCUGAUCCUGAUAAAAUAAAAUCUGUAAAAUUGCAAACAAUGUGCACUGGGACUGAUCCCGAGCAUCCAAUAAGUUUAAAAAAUUUAAUCCCAACAAAAUUCACCGAGGACAAAAAUCCUGACUCGAAAACUAUUUCUUUCGUUUGUCCUUCAUGUCGUAGGACAUUGACAAAUUCAGUCAAAAUUUGUUUAAUGAAGCCUUGCGGACAUGUCAUUUGUAAGGUUUGCGUAGAAAAAUUUGUCAAAAAAUCUAAAAAAUGUUUCGUUUGCAAUGCCAAAUGUAAAGAAAAGGAUAUUGCGGAUAUGUCUGGAGAAGGUACUGGGUAUGCGAGUGGUGGUGGUAAUGUAAUGGCAAAACGAUUUGAUGUUGCAUUUCAAUAA